GGAGGAUGGACCGUCAGGAAGAGCAGGAGACACGCAUGCGAUGUUAUUUCUUCGCGUACACCUUCCUCCGACAACGACAUUCGUUCGUCGAUUGUGAUCAGCAAAACGCCGAAGAGCAAGAAUCUGCAUGGGCCAGUGCGACUCCACAUUUACCUCCAGCUACACCCUUUGGCGUUAGCCAGAGAUGCUCAAGGCACUCGGUGAAUAUCGUGUUCACGGCACACUCCAUCACCUGCCGUUAGACAACGAUGUCCUUUAAAAAGGGCCUGAAUAGUCCUCGAGGUCCACCAGAAGUUCUCCUGACCACAGACGAGCGGGAAACAUGGGGAAAAAAGGUAGACUUCUUACUGUCGGUCAUCGGGUUUGCUGUCGACCUGGCGAAUGUAUGGAGGUUUCCCUAUUUGUGCUACAAAAAUGGUGGAGGUGCAUUUUUAGUUCCGUACUGUCUCAUGUUGGUUAUCGGAGGAAUUCCUUUGUUCUAUAUGGAGUUAGCUCUAGGACAAUUCAACAGAAAAGGUGCUAUAACAUGCUGGGGAAGAUUGUGCCCUCUUCUUAAAGGUAUCGGAUACGCUGUGGUUUUGAUAGCUUUCUAUGUGGAUUUUUACUACAAUGUGAUAAUAGCCUGGGCUUUACGUUUCUUUUUUGCAUCAUUCACCGAUUUGUUACCAUGGACCACUUGUGACAAUCCUUGGAAUACUCCUAAUUGUCGACCAUUUGAUUUUCCUUCGAGAAACUACUCGGAAUUCAAUAGAUCAGAAUUAACCUUACCUGCACCAUCAGAUGCUAGAUUCGCAUCAGCAGCUUCAGAGUAUUUCAAUCGUGCAAUACUAGAACUCCAUCAAAGCGCUGGUUUGCAUGAUCUUGGCGACAUCAAAUGGGACAUAGCUUUGUGCCUUCUAGCUGUUUAUAUCAUUUGCUAUUUUUCGUUAUGGAAAGGUAUAUCAACCUCUGGAAAAGUUGUGUGGUUCACGGCACUCUUCCCCUAUGCAGUAUUGCUGAUACUUUUGGUCAGAGGUAUCACUUUACCAGGUUCUGCAGAGGGGAUUCAGUAUUAUUUGAGCCCGAAUUUCAGUGCAAUCGGAUCAGCAGAGGUUUGGGUAGACGCUGCUACCCAAGUAUUUUUUUCAUUGGGGCCUGGUUUCGGUGUGCUACUAGCUUAUGCAUCCUACAAUAAGUAUCACAAUAACGUAUACAAAGAUGCUAUUUUAACUAGCAUUAUAAACUCAGCAACUAGUUUCGUAGCAGGAUUCGUUAUAUUCUCGGUUUUGGGUUACAUGGCACAUGCUGCAGGUCGACCUAUUCAAGAAGUAGCUACAGAAGGUCCUGGUCUGGUCUUCAUAGUAUAUCCUGCUGCGAUAGCCACGAUGCCAGGAAGCAUAUUUUGGGCGCUCAUUUUCUUUAUGAUGCUAUUAACUCUGGGAUUAGAUAGAACCCAACGAUUUUGUGAUGACAUCCAAGACAUGAUAGGUUUUGCACCCGGAUAUUACUGGAGAUUUUGUUGGAAAUUCGCCGCUCCGGUUUUUCUGCUAUUCAUCAUCGUGUAUGGUCUUCUGGGUUAUGAGCCACUCAGUUAUGAAAACUAUGUGUAUCCUGGCUGGGCUAAUGUUCUAGGCUGGAUGAUCGCUGGAUCUUCGGUGAUGAUGAUUCCUGCUAUUGCUGUAUAUAAAUUUGCCGUCACAUCAGGUUCAUGCUACAAGCGAAUGAAAGUUCUAACAACUCCAUGGGUUGAUACUCAAAGGGGACUCCAAGUUAAUGGAAUUGUUCAAUCAGAAAGUACCCAAGUGCGUUUAGCGGCGCCUGAAACUCCAGAUCAGGCUCCAGCCGAAGUGUGAAAUAAGAAAUUGUCGAAGUUCCAAGAGUACUAUGUUUAACAGUUUGUGAAAUUUGUAUCCGCUUCAUAAAUCUAUAUCUCUCCAAUAUGUAAUUGAUAUCUCGUAGUCGAUACAUUACAUUAGAUAGGUAUACUUCGUAAUCAGAUAAAAUUUUGCAAUUAUUUCAAUCCCCAUAAAUAAAUUUAUUGUGUUCACGUUCCACACUGAGAAAAAAUCCAUACAGAAAAUAGAAUACUAUUUCACAAGCAUUAACUUUUCCGGAGUUGAAUAUUUUGUUUUGUACCUGUUGUUCCUGAAAUCAUACAACAACGUAUAAAAUAAAUUGAGAAAUUGGUGGGAUGCAGUAUUAAAUUGAAUAAAUGCUAUUAUUUCCAUUCGACAAUCAGGAUAUAAGUAAUCCAAUAGUUGACCUUUUUUAUAUAUCAGAUUAUAUCAGAUUCAGCUGAUAGUCGGUGUAGGAACCGACUUUCUGUGAUGUAUUAUUUAUAUAUUAUAACGACCUAGCAUAUUUGGUUAAAUAUAAUUUAUUGUAUUAUUUUAGACACGUUACCAUAUUAAUUCUGUUUUACGCUUUUUGUCAAUUUUUUUCAGUUUCAGAGAUGUUUUAUCAAAAUAUAUUUCAUAAUGGAAUACAAAGAUAUGUAAAGCGGAAUGCAAAAUUUUAGUUGAACUAUUCCAUUUUCAACGUGAUAAUUUUUUUGUAUCAGUAUUUUAGAAACAAGAGGUUAUAUAUUUUUCGUUUUUAGGGUGACAUUUAUACCCGUGAUUAUUUCUGGAUUAAAAAUUUUAUGGUAUUUUCUCAAAGUAAAACUGGUUAUGUAGACAAGUCAACAAUGAGUAUUCAGCAUUUUUCAACGAUCAUGUAGAAUAUUAUGAUGAAGAUAAAUAAGUGUUGAAUUCGUCCACAAUAGGGGAGACCGGGUUACAGUCUCAUCAGUUUACUAGAAUUUCCGGUGAUAUAUAUCAUUUCAUGUAUUUUUGAUGUGACAUCUUUGGUUCAUGAUAUUACUAUCCGUUUUCAUUACAUAUGUGACCACUGCCUCAUAUACUGUGACAAUCAUCCCCGGUCCGGGAUUAAAAGACACACUUUUUCUUUUCCUUAAGAAUUGUUAUAUUUCCUCUAUGGAUGAUGUUGAAGAAAAAAUUAAUAUUUCUUUGCAAAAGAGUAAAAAAACACUAUCUAUUUAUAAAAAAAUCAUUGAUAAUCUAUAAAAAAGGACACUAAAUGAAACACAAGACAAAAAAUGUGACUUCCAACCCCGGUCUUCCCUACUGUAGACAUUUAUUCUACGAAAAAUUCGAAAUUGUUCAAUGCCAACUUGAUACUGGUAAUAGAUUUGAUGUAAGGAAGACUACUAAAAGUGUCUUCCGGCUGAGUGUUAUGGCUGAUUCAUAAGCCAAACUUUUACUUAGAUCACUUUCAUUGUUUUAUAUUGUGGAAAAUUUAUCAAAGGAAAAUUAAAAGAUAAAAUAUUUGGUGUAUGAAUCAGCCAGUUAAUUCUCUCAUCUUGUAUAACUUACUAUAACUUAUAAUGGCAGAUUCGUCAAAUAUUCAACAUCAAUAUCGACUGAACGCUCAUGGUGUAUAUAUAGAACUAUCGACUACGAAAUAUUCAAUAAUUCAAGUCAAUGUGAAUACUAAUCUCCAGAAAUGCUAAUGAAUGAUUUAGCCAGUAAACAUUAGAAUUAUUUGCUUGUAAAUCCAUGUACUCAAUGUUUGAUGUUGAAAAAUGUCACAUUUCCUAUUAUGUUCCAACUAGUACGUGUGAACUAGUAAAAUUCCUUGGUGAGAAAUACAAAAUUCUACUGUGAAAAAGUAUUCACUUGUCUAUGAAACUUGUGUAAUACAGCCAGCAUCUGGUGAUAAUAUUUUAUUAUUGGAUGAUUACACAGUUUUUUUAUAAAGCGAUAUUGGUGGAUAAAUUGAAGAAAAAAAAUCAACUUUUCUUGUGUACUCCCAACCAGUGAGUUUUAAUGCUGACGAUAGGGCCCGUGCAGUCUAAAAUUCACACAAAACGGUUACUUACAUUCAAAGAACUUAAAGAACAAAAUGGAACUUAUUAUUCAUUUUUCACAAAGAAAGUUUCAAUCGUAUAUGAUUUUUUAAUUACUCAGUACGUUUCAAAUAGCAUUUUCAACUCCAACUACGUGUAAAUAUCCCCUUAUAUUCAUUUUGAAGAAAAUUAUCAUAAAAUAGUUUGAACUUGUUUCGUAUUGUUACCAAGGAAAGUUAUAUGUAAAAUGCAUAAAGUUUAGAAUGAUCUGUAGAUAAUAAAUUAGACAAUGUAUUAGUUAGCAAUAUUAUUAUCUAAGACAUUUUAGAUGAAAAUGUUGUACAGUUACAAUAAGUAAUUUAAGCUCAGUAAGAGGUAUAUAAACUAAUACCAAUAGAAGAAAAACAAGUCGCAUUCAUGUUACCACUUUAUUAAACCUAAUUUAUAGGAAUUUUAUACUUUUGUGAAAAUAGUCUGGAAAACCAGUUUUGUAAGUAGUAGUGGAACCUCGGGCAUAAAAUGAAUAUGAUGAAUACAUACAUCGUUUCCUAGCAAAAAGUCACAAAAACAUGUUUUCUUUCAUAAUUUACGAAUAUCAUUAGGAAAUUAUUGUUAUUUGUUGGUCUUGGGUAUUGUAGAAAAUUUAUAAGACAAAUAUGUAUCUAUGCCUGCGAAGGUAGUUUCGUAGUUUUUAUGCUGGAAAAUGAAGUUUUCGUCAGAUUUGAAAAAAUGAUACAAGACAGCUAAACAGCCAUUUAGUUGUCUUCAAGUAGAAACUGCCUAAUGAGGUAGAAGUUUUAAAAUUUGAGUACUUUCAACUUUGAUUUUUAAAGUACGCAUUUUUCUAUCUAUGAUGCACAAUUUACUUUAUGAAGUUUCUAACAUCAUGCUUAUAGUUCAUUUGAAUUUAUUAGGAACUGUUCCCAAAUCCAUUCAUUUUGGACAAGCAGUUUGUAACAGCCAUUACAAACGGCUUGCCACCAAAUUAUUUUUGAUAUUUAUUAAAUUAAUUUAUAUUAAUAA